AAGCCUCUGUUAAUUCCGGGCAUUGCAAACCGAUGCUUGAAUUUGGAUAUAACCAUAGCCAAUAACAACAUAGUAACACGUCACUAUAAUAGCGUACUAGAUUUGGUUCUGUGACUACCGUGUCCCAUAGAUUUGCAUAACAAUGAUCUCUUCCUUAAUGUUACCAUCUGCUACAACAUUAAGACCUUGUUGUAGCUGCAGCAUCAUUCCCUCAUCAUCAUCAUCUUCAUCUUCACGAAGACUCACUCUCUUUCAUCUUCUCACCACCGGUGCUAUUGUUCUUCCACCACAAUCACAAUUCUUCGGUGCAAAACUAUCACAAGCUAAUGCUGCUCAAAACUUGUUUGAUUGGGUCCAAAAUGAUGAUAGAAGAUUUCUACAUGUUGUUUACAGUGUUGCAGAUUUGGACAAGACUAUAAAGUUCUACACUGAAUGUCUUGGCAUGAAGCUUUUGAGAAAACGCGAUAUACCGGAAGAUAAGUAUUCGAAUGCUUUUCUUGGAUAUGGACCUGAAGAUUCCAAUUUUACAGUGGAACUUACUUAUAAUUAUGGUGUAGAUAACUAUGACAUUGGAACUGGUUUUGGACAUUUUGGUGUUGUAGCUCAAGAUGUUGCCAAGACAGUUGAUAUUGUAAAGGCGAAAGGGGGCAAGGUUACCAGGGAGCCGGGGCGUGUCAAAGGCGGCUCUACAGUUAGUGCUUCCGUUGAAGAUCCUAGUGGUUAUCGGUUUGAGCUUUUGGAGAGAAGACUUACUCGUGAACCGUUGUGCCAAGUGAUGCUUCGAGUAGGCGAUCUUGAUCGUGUCAUAGCCUUCUAUGAAAAAGCUGUUGGAAUGAAACUUCUCCGCAAGAUAGACAACCCUGAGGAAAAGAACACAGUAGCCGUGUUAGGAUACGGUCCUGAAGCUAAUGGUCCAGUUCUAGAACUGACGUAUAACUACGGCGUCACUAAUUAUGACAAAGGAAAUGGUUAUACACAGAUCGCAAUAGGCACGAAUGAUGUCUAUAAGACAGCAGAAGCAAUCAAGUUAUACGGAGGUAAGAUUAUCCGUGAACCUGGACCUUUACCAGGUAUCAACACCAAGAUUGUCGUUUGCUUAGACCCUGAUGGUUGGAAAUUGGUAUUUGUUGAUAAUGUCGAUUUUCUGAAGGAAUUAGAGUGACAAAAGCAUGGAUUUUAUAGAUCCUACACUUCGCUGAACUUAUAAUAGGCCAACAAUUUUUUCAGCGAUAUUUUAUAAUCGCGCUGUCAAUUCAACAUAUCGAUAAAGAAAAGUAAACAUGUAUUUACAGCAAUCACAUUGUCAUCUUUAAUAUUUUUUAGUAUGUUACUUUAGCGCGGCAACUCAACAUGUAUUGGAUUCCUUCUAGCCACAAAAGUUUGUCUCCUUUUCUUUCA